GUGGACGGGUCCUCCCGGGGCGCUUCCGGGUGUUACCGGUAGAGGGCUCCGGCCGGGGAGCUGCCGGCGGAGUUGCAAGGUCUGUCCACACGGCCUGUCCCUGUAGCCACAGCCGCCGCCAUGAAGGCCGUGGUGCAGCGCGUCACCCAGGCUAGCGUCACAGUUGGAGGAGAGCAGAUAAGUGCCAUUGGACGGGGCAUCUGUGUGUUGCUGGGUAUUUCCGUGGAAGAUUCACAGAAGGAACUGGAGCACAUGGUUCGAAAGAUUUUAAAUCUGCGUGUGUUUGAGGAUGAGAGUGGGAAACACUGGUCCAAGAACGUGAUGGAUAAGCAGUACGAGGUGCUGUGUGUCAGCCAGUUUACCCUCCAGUGUGUCCUCAAGGGGAACAAGCCCGACUUCCACCUGGCGAUGCCCACAGAGCAGGCGGAGAGCUUCUACAACAGCUUCCUGGAACAGCUGCGCAAGAGCUACAGGCCAGAGCUCAUCAGAGAUGGCAAGUUCGGUGCCUACAUGCAGGUGCACAUUCAGAACGAUGGGCCAGUGACUAUAGAACUGGAGUCCCCUGCUCCUGGAGCUGCUAACUCUGACCCAAAGCAGGACAGAACAGUCUGGCAGGAAAUAACUGGCAUUAAAAAUAACUCAAAGACAGGAGGACUGUACCUCACAAGAAUGAAAAUGGGAUUUGCUGCUCUGAGCCCUGGCAGUCUCAGUAAAUCCCAGCAUAGCUGUCAAAGCUGGAGAAACAGCAGCAGAGAAAAGAAAAGACCAGAGCCAAGGGACCUUCUGAGUCAAGCAAAGAACGAAGUGCACCCCGAAAAGAAGACCGCAGCGCCAGCAGCGGGGCAGAGGGCGAUGUGUCUUCGGAGCGGGAGCCAUAGAUGCAGAAGCAGGAGCUCAGCAAAUUAACCACUGGGCAGACCUGGAUCCUGAAAAAUUCAAGAUGCUGAGCCCCUACACUGCUUAAGAAUUCAGGACUCAAAUAUGAAAAGAAAAUCAGAAAUAAGACACUGGGAACCUGAAUACUCCUGCAGAAAAACACCAAAGGACCAUUCCGUAUCCUGUAAUGCUGUGGUCUGGAUGGGUAGUGGGUGUUGUGAGAUGGGGGGGAUGCUUUUGGUUGGCACAUACCUAUGCUUCCCCAUGGAGAGAGGUCCAUUGGUUUUCUUGCUUCCUACCAUGUCUUGACUUGCUUUUGGAACAGGCUGGCCCAGCAUCAUCUGCCCUCAAGUCUGUUGUGGUGUAUUCUGUGUCCAUGAUCAGUCUCCAGCUAUCCCUUCUGUCCAUGUCAUCUCCAUCACUGAGUCACAAGACAGGGCUGGUGUUAGGCAACCAACAAUAACAUAUUGUAUGAGACUUUGCAUCUUGUACAUGUUUUUUUUUCUAAAAAUAAACAAUAAUAAAACCAUAAA